AAUGCCAAACAAUUUUUAUUGUUUUUAAGGUUGUCACAGCUUCGAGGCCUUUCUAUCUGUCACUGGACAAAGAAUGUCAACUAUGCAAUAGAGGUUAUGUCGCAGUCCUGCCCUCAUCUUGAAUCCCUCACGCCUUAUUGCAAAGGCCUGACAGAGAAGGCUUUCCAGAGCCUUGGUUUGCACAGUCAGUCUCUGCAGAUCAUAAAUCUACAGUAUUCAGAGUUUCAGGUUGAGGGUCUUGUUGACCUCCUGGAAUCUCAUGGCAGCCAGAUCAAACAAAUUUUGUUCACUCAUGGACCAAAGAAUGAGAAAAUUCUGGCUGCUGUAUACAAAGGAUGCUGCCCUGAUUUGGAGUUGUUGGAGAUCAACACAAAGUUGGACAGUAAAGAAUGCCAACUACAGCUCUGCAUUCAAGCUCUCCAACAUGGAUGUCCCAAACUUAAGACACUCCGGAUGUUGAACGUCAUCCCCAUCAUCAAAGUGAUGCGUAAGAUGCCAGAAUCCACGUCCGGUUUCCCAUUGUUGGAGGAGCUGUGUUUGGCUACAACGUCUUUUUCCUUAAUAACCGACAAAGACUUGUGGGACAUUCUGUUUGAUUCAACCAAACUGCAGGUGUUAGACCUCCGAGGAUGUUUCCGAAUCACCACUUCUGGUCUUGCAGCAUUACCCUGUCUAGAGCUUGAAUGUCUGUUCUGGGGACAAUAUUUCAACAGGUAUAUUGCGUCAUUCCCUAAGAGGGGACUUAACAUGCUGACCCAAAAGUGGAGUGAAACUUUGCGUGAGCUUGACAUCACAAAUCAUGUCUUCAUUGAGGAAGACUUGGAGAUGGCAAUAAGUUCACUCACUCUUGCAACAAAUUCGGAUACCCUGCGUUUUCUCAACUUCAGUGGAACCAGGAUCACUCCAUCUGCUGUGAGAUCAGUCAUUAGCCGAUCAACUGGUCUCAAGUACCUCAACUUGUCAUCAUGCCGUCAUCUUCCCAGAGGGUUGAAGAGAGUUUAUCGUGGCCAGGAAGACAUUUGCCAGCUGCUGGACAAAUUGGAGUAGGAAGCGGUAAAAGUAUGUCUAGUAGGAGAAAACUUGGAGCUUGAAACCAGUCAGACAUUUUUUUAAUUAAAAGCAUUCCCUGUCUUUCUGCUGUACAUAGUACAGGUUAAAUAGGCGGUGAUGUUGAUCUUGUGCAUAGCCACCUGAGUGCUGAGGAUUCCAUUGAUGGACCAGUUGUUUGCCCUGACUUGACUCUGUCUUGACCAGUUAAAAUUUUAAAUUUACAUAACUCACUUCAAGUCCGUUGCCAUCCACAUGUACAGUACUGUUCAAAGAUCCUGGGUUGUAGUAGGCAAAAUAAAAAAAAAAAAAAUUUCCGUGAAGCACAGAUACUGCAAAAUAAUGAAAAACCUCUAAAUGACUGAACACCAAAAACACCUUUUAUACAGAAAUAGGGUGGUGCUUGAGAGUCAAACGGUACUAAAGCUUUUGACCAUAUUUGCAUUUGUGCUAUUAAAUACAGAGAUUUCACAUGUCAUGAUUUAUCAACAUUUUUUGAUUCAAACUAUACAGUGCUGUGCAAAGGUAUAAAAAAAUCAGUACAUUAUUUUGGGGCAUGAUGUAAAAAGUUUCAUGGAAGAAACUGAUUAAUGAACUUAAUUGUGUUAUUAUUUUUUGUAAGUAAUUUUGUGAGUUCAAUAUCAGGUAUAUUUACAACAAAAAGAUGCCAGUGAUGAGUCAAUAAUAAAUUUAUGGAGAUUUUCAAAUUUAAA